AUGGUAAAUCUAUCAGAAUAUCUGUUCCAAGCCUUGUUGGCCUAUGAGUCCCUUACUGAUACUUGCGACCCGGAUUAUCUCAAUCAUGACCUAAAUAUAAAGGAUGGACAAGUCCUACAAAUCAACGCUACAUGGAUUACGGAAGCCGCUGUAUCCGGUGCUGCGGGCUCCAUUGAUUACUGCGAUGUCGUCGUCACGUACACGCAUCCCAAAUUCAACGACACGAUUCACACUCAAGUGGUGCUGCCAUCCGCGAGCCACUGGAAUGGUCGCUUCCAGGGAGUUGGCGGUGGUGGGUGGGCAGGCAAUAGCGGCAUUGGCUCGCUCAUGAAGCCACUUAGCCAAAAUUACUCUGCCGGGAUGACAGAUGCGGGCCAUGAUCCCAGUCUUCCAGACUCCAGUUCCUGGUGGCUAGACUCUCAUGGUCAGGUCAACAUCGACCUCUUCACCGACUUUGCCUCCAUUGCGCUGGGUGACCUCGCCGACAUUGGCAAGCAGCUCUCCAAGAGAUACUAUGGCUAUGGACCGGUCUACUCCUACUGGAAUGGCUGUUCCACUGGCGGUCGCCAGGGCUGGAUGAUGGCCCAGAAGUAUCCGGAAGCUUAUGAUGGCAUUUAUGCUGGAGCUCCCGCUGCUCAAUGGGACCGGUUUAUAGUUGCCGAAUACUGGAGCGUUCUUCAGAUGAAUAUCCAUCAACACUACCCGAAUCAGUGCAUCUUUAACGCCUUCAAUGCCGCUGUGUUGGAAGCCUGUGACAGACUUGAUGGAGUCUCCGACGGUGUCAUCAACAACUUCGCUGCGUGCAAAUUCGACCCCAAGUCCUUGGUCGGCACUCAGGUAGACUGCAGCGGCACAGAACUGACGAUCGCUGAGGCAGACGCUGAGAUAGUGGCGGCGACAUGGCAAGGACCUCGAACCGAGAAUGGAGAUUUUGUCUGGUGGGGGACUCAGCCAGGAACACCGUUUUCUGGCUUAUCCAACACCAUUUGCACAAAUGUUACACACUGCAAACCUGUCCCAUUCUCUAUCCCUUCAGAUUGGAUCAGCCGGUGGUGUAUGGGUGACGCGAGUGCCAAUCUAACCGCUCUCACUGUAGACGAAUUCCUUCACGUCUUUGACGAGUGCAAGGCGAAGUACGAGCACAUCAUAGGCACCAACGACAUUGAUCUGACUCCUUUUGCUCGUGCCGGGGGUAAGAUGAUUUCGUGGCAUGGUUUGUCAGACGAGCUAAUCUUCCCUCUUGCCUCGGGAGACUACUACCAGCGCGUCAUCAAUGGCGACCCCAAUGCAAAGGACUACUUUCGAUUCUUCUACGCCCCUGGUACCCAACAUUGUGGCGGCGGUGCUGGCUACGCUCCAUUGAAUCCGUUCCAGGCAGUUGUUGACUGGACAGAGAAAGGUAUUGUUCCAGAGACCCUUGCCGCCUCUGGACCAUCAGGAGACCGGGACUUGUGCUUGUAUCCUCUCGUUGCUGUCUAUAAGGGUGGAGAUACAAGAGACGCGGACUCGUAUGAUUGCAAAGAAGACUUCAGUGCCAAAUAA